GCCCAGCGCCGCUUCCGCCGGGCCCCAGGCUCCGAUGCUGCAGCUGCCGCCCGGGCUGCGCCGCCGCCUGCGGGAGGCGCCGCUGCCGUCCCCCGCCCCGCCGCUGUCGUCUCUUGAUCCCGCCCCUCCACUGCCGCCCUUCACGUUCGCUCCCCGCCGCCUCCGCCUCGGCCCCCACCACCCGCUCUUCGAGGAUGGGGACGUUCACAGGCACCUCUACCUCCAGGGGGUCCUCACCAGCCUCGGCGAGGUGGCGGAGAGACCCAAGGUGUCUGAAUUCAGUUGCCACAUCUCUGGGUGCUGCCAGGUCUUUGACACACUGGAAGGCUACGAGCACCACUACAACACGCUGCACAGGAACGUCUGCUCCUUCUGCAAGCGCUCCUUUCCAUCCUGGCAUCUCCUGGAUAUCCACAUCUUGGAGUGGCAUGACUCACUCUUCCAGAUAAUGGCUGAAAAGCAAAACAUGUACAAGUGCUUGGUAGAAGGCUGUGCAGAGAAGUUCAAGAGCAGCAAGGACAGAAAGGAUCACUUGGUCACUGUUCACCUUUAUCCUGCUGACUUUCGGUUUGAUAAACCGAAGAAAGUGAAAAGUGGCCCCAAGCACACGAACAGUCCCACAAAGCAGGAUGCCAGCAUGCCAAUGGAUAUGAUUGUGGAGACGGAGCAAUUCCAAGUGGACCCCAUGGAAAUAGGGCCCAGUGAGAGCAUGGAGAUCCCUGAGCCUGCAGCCAGCCCUGGCUCCUCAUUGCCAGAGAAACGCCUCUAUAAAUCCAGGAUCCCAUCCACAAUUUGCUUUGGACAAGGUGCUACCCGAGGAUUUAAAGGACCAAGGAAGAAAGUCUGAAGGUCAGUGCAGCAGCUCCAGCAAGUACAGCCCUUGAGACAUGGGGCAGGUUGAACUCACACAAAGAGUCUAAGACUGCAGCAGAGCACUGGUGGACCUCAGCGGUGGGACGGUGAGAGGAAGUUGGCUGCUGCAGCUGAGCCUACACAGGAUUAUCUUCUUGAUUUUUUCCUUUUGGGGGAAGAAAUGGAUUCAGGGAAUUCCAAGACAAAAUCUAUGAUUGUACAGAAGCUGGAACCACUGACAAAAAGAAAAUGGGGGGAAAAAAAAGGCAUUGGUCCUUAAUUCUGACUUGCAUCUUGCUGAAGUCUGCUCUCCCUGCCAAUGCACUCCUGCCUAGGCCAGGAGAAGCAUUCUGGUGCCCUGCAGCUCAUUUCCACAGGGAAUUAAAAUGAAGUGUCUUCCAACUAGGUGUAUAAAUAAAAGGAAUUUUUACAAAAUUACUUUGUAGAGAAUUUAAAUGCUGUCUUGAAGCCCAGGCAGAGUCAGAUGUGACAAAUGAACCUCCCUUUGCUCCAAAGACCCCCAAAAUCAGGUUGAGGUGGAGGUUAUUUUUCCUCUUGUCUUUUCUUCCUUUUUAGUCUCAUCCUGCCAGAGCAAAAGAUUGAUAGGAAACACAGAGCCAGGUCUCUGGUCCUGUUGAACUAUGUCACUUUCAAAAUGAUCCAUAAAGGGGAAAAAAAAAGGAGGUUGCAGGAAUGACGUUUAUCCGAGAAGCUUAGGAUCUAUGAUUGCUUUUCUCCCUUCCCCCUCUCCGGCUGGAACAAAGGAUAAAAAGGGCUUUGAAAAAUCCUUGUAAAUAGGAGCAGGGAAUGAUGCUUACAGAGAUUUUCCUGUCAGUUUUAAAAUGCUUUGCUGUGUUUAAAACUCAGCCAGCUUGCCUGGCCCUAAUCCUUGUUCCUCAGCCUCCAGAGAGCUGUCUCUGGCAGGCCUGCCUCUGUCCAGGAGGUCCGGCCUCGCCUCCUGCUGUUGCUGGUCCCCCAGAGACAGUCCAUGGUACAGGACAGGGAACACCAGGCUCUGUCACCACCGUUGUGGCCACCACCCUGACAUGCCUGCCACAUGUCUGCACAGGGACAUCUAUCAGCAGUGACCAGCAAUGACCAAAAAUCACUUUCCAACACUGGAAGCCCCUAGUGAGGCUUCUUUCCCCACGCUAGAAUAACUGGAGAUUGGAAGCAGGCAUCACGUCACUGGAGAUCCCCGCAGCCUUUGGCCAGUGAUGGUACAAAGAGCAGUCCAGUCUGCUUCCCCUUCUGAGUUUAAGUCCUAAGUUUCCACCUGGAAAUUCCCUUUUUCCCUUUUCCUAGACUUCAGGUCCAGAGAUUAAUUACAAAAUGAAUAUUGCAAUUACA